AUGUGCGCCGACGCGCAGAUUGGGAUUCGGGAGCAAUGUGCGCCGACGCCGCUGGGAUUGGGAAGCUAUGUGCGCCGACGCGCAGAUUGGGAUUCGGGAGCAAUGUGCGCCGACGCGCUGAUUGGGAAGCAAUGUGCGCCGACGCGCAGAUUGGGAUUCGGGAGCAAUGUGCGCCGACGCGCUGAUUGGGAUUCGGGAGCAAUGUGCGCCGACGCGCUGAUUGGGAUUCGGGAGCAAUAUUGGGAUUCGGGAGCAAUGUGCGCCGACGUGCUGAUUGGGAAGGACAAUGUGCGCCGACGCGAGAUGUAUGGGAUUCGGGGAGCAAUGUGCGCCGACGCGCGGAAUUGGGAUUCGGGAGCAAUGUGCGCCGACGCGCAGAUUGGGAUUCGGGAGCAAUGUGCGCCGACGCGC